AUGUGCCGAAAAUUACGAAUUCGACGAGUUAUCAAGAAACUGGAAAAUAUUGUAUUUGAUGAUUAUAAAGAUAUUAUUUAUCAAGAAUCAGAUCAUUAUUAUUAUACACUACGAGUAAGUCGUAUGUAUCGUUGUCCAGUCACAUUUAUCGAACCUCAUAAACGAACAAAAAAGAAUUAUCUUUUCAAACCGAUAUUUCCAAUAUUGUAUUAUGGUAUGAAUUAUACAACAAUCACUGCACAAACUAAUGGUAAAGAAAUUAAUUCUGAUCAAUUUUAA